UGAUGACAUAGUCGAGGAAGACACCGUGGCAGGUGAUGCCGACAAAGGACCCAAAAUCCGUGGGCGAGGAGGCCGAAGCAGCACUCCUCGCCUGUGUAAGUGUUUUGCACCUCAAUUGUGCAUGGCUUGCUGCUGCCAGGCAUCAUGCAGAAGAUCAAAACCUCCGAGUUUCAAAGCUCCACGAAGAUCGAAGCCUUGGUGCAGGAGAUCAAGAAGAUGGAGUCCACGGAUGCCACAAGCAAGGCACUGGUCUUUUCGCAGUUCACUCGCUUCUUAGAGCUCAUCGAAUGGCGCUUAAAGCGCGAGGGCAUCUCUGCAGCCACGGUCUUGGGGAGCAUGCCCAUCGUCUCCAGGAACAAUAUCAUUGUGUCUUUCCAGACAGAGCCAACGCUCAAAGUGCUCCUGAUCUCCUUGAAAGCGGGAGGCGAAGGCCUCAACUUGCAGGCGGCAGAUCAUAUCUUCCUCAUGGAUCCCUGGUGGAAUCCUGCUGCCGAAGCUCAAGCGAUCCAGCGUGCACACCGAAUUGGACAAGUACGGCCAGUGAAAGCUCUUCGACUGGUGGCUGCAGACACAAUUGAGGAGAAGAUCAUCGAGCUGCAAGAGAAGAAACAAAUGGUCUUCGACUGCACCGUGGGAAACAGCAAUCAGGCCUUGCAACGGCUUUCCGCGGAAGACAUUUCUUUCCUCUUCAGCAACUGA